CUCUCUCAGUAAACUAUUUUGCCAAUUGAGUGUAUAUUAUAUAAUCCACUCUUUGCGAUCAUUUUAACUAACAAAAAAAGAGAAAAACCAAUACAAAGAGAAAGGAUCAAAUAUUGCAGCGAUGAGAUCUUUGUACUCCUUCACCUUAAUGAUUUGUGUUCUCGUCUUGGCCAUGUUGAUUAUGGUUGCUGAUUCUUCAUAUGGCGAAGGUGGGAAAAAACGCGCUCCUCCAGCAAUGGCUCCUUCACCAUCACCAAGUAAUGACGGUGGUCAUUUUGGUGGACCCAAAAAAACUCUUCCACCACCUCCAAACACAGCCACUUUCACAGUUUGCCCACAACUAAUUAUCUCCGCAACAGUGGCGACUACUGUUAGUGUCUUGGUUUUCAUCUUGUAAUUCCUUCGUCUCGACUUUGUUUCUCAAGCUUCUUUUCUUUGAUGAAUUUGUUUUCGUUCGUCUUUGCUGUGAUCGGUGGGAUUUGUACCGAGUUUCAAACUUCUCUGUUGUUGUUCAAUAAAACAAAAAAACUACUAUAUAUAUUGUUGUACUUGAAAUCCCAGUACAUAGAGAGUUCACGUUUGCAUGUACCGAUGGGUUUAUGAUCUGGUGUAAUGGAUUGGGAGCUGUUAUCAGCUAACUUAUAAGACCAUCUCCAAUCCACCUCUAUAAUAUAAAUCUCUAAAAUAGAAAAAAAAAAUAGA